GAGCGGACUGUAAUACAUGCAGCUCUCGCAUGCUGGUGAAGCCGCUGCGGCCAAUCACACGCGUCUGGGUUAGAACUGUUACUUGGUUGCCUCAUCUUUCAAGAGUGUGCUUUUUUCCUAUAUUGUCAAGGAGUGUUUUAAAAAUCAAACCUAAGCAAAAUAUAUUUCCUGGUCUCCGAGAGCCUUCUUUCUGGGGGCUUUCUCAAAACAGAUUUGUGCCAAUGGAGGAUAAGGAGCUUUCGACGGCACAGAUUAAUCUCGGGGAGAAGCGAGCAUGCCCUGAGGAGGAUUCAGAACAUACUGCUAAGAAAGCAAGACUUCAGGAUGAAGCUAAUGGCGGUCAUGUCAGCAAACAAACAGAGGAAGACAAAGAAGAAAUUGAGGCAGAGGAGGGUGGAGAAGAGGAGUCUUUGGAGGGGGAAGAUGUAGAAGUAGAGAGCUUUGCCGAUAUGAUGAAACAUGGUCUUAGUGAAACAGAUGUAGGGAUCCAUAAGUUUGUCAGUGACCAUAAGGGAUUCUCAGGAAUCUUGAAAGAGAGAUACUCUGAUUUUGUGGUUCAUGAGAUCAGCAAGGAGGGGAAGAUAGUGCGGCUAGACGACCUCUCCAUACCUGUAGAAACAGAGAAAGCAGCUGCAGAGGUUGAGCCAGUAGAGUGUCAGGACCUGACCGAAGAGCAGAAACAACAGCUUUCCGAUCUGCAGCUUUUCAAAAACAAAGAGGGAAAUGUGGCUAUUGAGGUGGAAGGAGAUUCCAAGGAGAGACGUACUUUGCUUCAUAAAGCAAUCAAAACACUAUACCCGGGACUGGAAACAAAAACCGAGGAAAGAGAGGGCAAGAGGUUCAUAGUGGCAUAUCAUGCAGCUGGGAAAAAAGCCCUGGCAGCACCAAGAAAACACUCAUGGCCCAAGAACCGUGGCAGCUUCUGCCAUUUUGUGCUUUACAAGGAGAAUAAAGACACCAUGGAUGCCAUCAACGUUCUCUCCAAAUUUCUCAGGGUUCGACCCAACGUCUUUUCCUAUAUGGGCACAAAAGACAAGAGAGCCAUCACAGUGCAAGAGAUUGCUGUAUUAAAAAUCAGCGCCGAACGAUUGGGUCACCUUAACAAGUGCCUGAUGAACUUCAAACUGGGAAACUUCAGCUAUAAAAAGCAUCCACUGAAACUCGGGGAGCUCCAGGGUAACCAUUUCACAGUGGUCCUCAGGAACAUCUCGGGUUCUGAUGAACAGGUGGAACAGGCCAUGACAUCACUAAGGCACACGGGGUUCAUCAACUAUUACGGCAUGCAGCGCUUUGGCACCACAGCUGUACCCACACAUCAGGUUGGCAGAGCCAUCUUGCAGAAUAACUGGACUGAAGUAGUGGAUCUAAUCCUAAAGCCACGGCCAGGAGCGGAGAAGGGCUAUCUGGUGAAGUGUAGAGAGGAAUGGGCCCAGACACAGGAUCCUGAAGCAGCCCUGAAGAAGCUACCAGUGAAACGUUGUGUAGAGGGACAGCUGCUGAGAGGACUGUCAAAGUACGGCAAAAAAAACAUCAUUACUGCAUUUGGACUGAUCCCUCGCAAUAACAGGCUCAUGUACAUCCACAGUUAUCAGAGCUUUGUCUGGAACACCAUGGUCAGCAGGAGAGUGGAGGCCUAUGGACUUAAAGCUGUGGAAGGAGACCUUAUACUCAAAGGAGGUUCUGCUCACAUCCUGUCUGCGGAAGAAGCUGAGAAGCACUCCAUUCAUGAUAUUGUAAUGCCACUACCUGGAUUUGAUGUCAUCUAUCCUACACAUAAGGUGGGAAACGGCUACAGGGACAUGCUGACAGCCGAUAAUCUGGACAUCGAUAACAUGAGGCAUAAAGUACGAGAUUAUUCCUUGGCUGGAGCUUAUCGCCGCAUCCUCAUAUGUCCUAAAGAUGUCAGCUGGGAGCUGAUUCAUUAUGAUGACCCUAAAGUGCCUCUGGUCCACACGGAUGUAGAGAAAUUGGAAAACAAACCAGCACCAGUUUAUCUGACAGAGGGUAAAUACAAGGCCCUGAAGAUGGAGUUCUCCCUCCCGCCGUCUACCUACGCCACCAUGGCCAUAAGAGAAGUGCUUAAAAUGGACACCAGCAUCAAGAACCAGACGCAGCUCAACACAGUGUGGCUGAACUGAGGAACACCAUCUGUCUGGAGUUUUACUUUCUCCCCAUAAGCUUUUGUUUUUCGUAACUCCAGUCAGAAAUUGUUC